GAUCAGCUGUGGCGAGGAUCUACAGAAAAGUAUACAGAUACAAAGUUACCGAUUUAAAAGCAGAAAGAAAGAAAAAUGUACAAAACAAAGCUUCCAGAGAAUCAAACACUUGCUACUUAUAUGCAAAAAAGACGAAAUAUGGAUCUAGAGCGCCAGGACAGGAUUUUCAACGCUAAAAUAAGAACAAUUGGGGUGGACAAGGAAGCCUUAGAUAUUCAAGUAAAUGAAAAGAAGCUAAGGAAAGAAAAGGAGUUAGAAAAGCACAACACCUACGCUGAAAGCAUGAUUCUUCAUGAUAAAAUCAACUGUCUAUUAGAUGAUAGAGAAAAGAAGGAUAUGUACAACCUGAACAAGGCAAUCAAUGAUUUCAGGAGUCAAUUCCAGAAGAUGGAAGACAGGCGUGAAUUUGAUCUCAAUGACCCACAAGAGCUUAAGAAGGAUAUCCCCGCAAGGAUAGCUGAUGAUGAUCCGAGGUUAUGUGUGUCAGGGGUGCAGAAAAUGGUUGGAGAAGAUUUAGAUCAGCCAGAAAGAUACAAGUGUCAGCAAGAACAACUAAGAGAAUGGCUGCUUCAACAACAAAGUGAAUUACAAAAGGCUCAGCAGGAACAUCGAAUAAGAGAAGACCUCUAUGAUGACUCAAGAAUACAAUUAGACAGGAUAGCAGUUGAACUUCAAAAGAUAGAUGAAGAUAUCAGAAAACGCAAUGCUGUGGCCACUAAAGAGUUCAAUAUGAAAAAGGCAACUGAAAAAUCAUUAAAGAAAAAACAGGAAAAGGAGCUUGAGGAGCAAGAUAACAUGGCUGAAAUUUCAAAUGUUCUCCAAGGAGACUUGAUUUCAGAAAACCCCGAUCAAGCCAUCAGUGCGUUUGGACCACAUCGUGUUAUUCCCGAUCGGUGGAAAGGGAUGAACUCAGCACAGCUUCAAGAGAUACGGAACACUUGGGAGAAGCAAAUCCAUGAGAAACAGAGGUCCAAGGAGGAAGAGAAAAACCAUGUGAAUGAAUGGGACCAGCGGCGGAUCAGCAGUGAUCGUGCUGCAAUACUCAUGGAGCGUCAUCAGACGCGAAUCAACAAAGGACUCCGCAGAGCUAUGGAUGACACCAAUAAACAUCUCUCUGUAGAGCAAAAGGCUCAAAAUUACCAGCCUCUUUUGGAGUGUGCAUUCCUAGAGCAAGUAGUACGGGGACAUCGUUAAACCGGCAGAAUUCUUGAAGACUCACUUACCAGGAGAGACCUACAUCACUGAAUUACACACUUCAGCUCAGUCUGACACUUUGGGAUACCCAGGAAGACAUUUCACUGUUUGGUCAUUGCACUCUUGCAAUCGCAUCUGUGUUUACCACUGGUUUGUUUAAUUUCAGUGCAAUUUUCUAUCCUAAAAUACAUAAUGUUUCAGAACUAGAAAGUAAAUAAUGAAUUAAUA